GAGGAGCAGCAGCAGCAGCAGCCGCCGCCGAGGCCGGAGCCCCCUUCGCCCUUCCCUCUCCCCACCCCCUCGCCCAGCAGCAGCAUGGUCCGGGAGACCAGGCACCUCUGGGUGGGCAACUUGCCGGAGAACGUCCGCGAGGAGAAGAUCAUCGAGCACUUCAAGCGAUAUGGACGUGUUGAAAGUGUCAAAAUUCUCCCCAAAAGGGGAUCAGAAGGCGGCGUGGCAGCCUUUGUGGAUUUUGUGGACAUCAAGAGCGCCCAGAAGGCGCACAACUCUGCCAACAAAAUGGGGGACAGAGACCUUCGGACGGAUUAUAAUGAACCAGGAACCAUUCCUAGUGCUGCUCGGGGAUUGGAUGAUACAGUUUCCAUAGCAUCUCGUAGUAGAGAGGUUUCUGGGUUCAGAGGAGGUGGUGGUGGGCCCACAUAUGGCCCACCACCAUCACUUCAUGCACGGGAAGGACGCUAUGAGCGGAGACUUGAUGGGGCUUCAGAUAACAGGGAGCGUGCUUAUGAACAUAGUGCCUAUGGACACCAUGAACGGGGGACAGGAUUUGAUCGGACAAGACAUUACGAUCAGGAUUACUACAGAGAUCCUCGGGAGCGGACUUUACAGCAUGGACUUUAUUACAGUUCUCGGAGUCGCAGCCCGAGCCGCUUUGAUGCUCACGACCCCCGUUACGAACCUCGGGCCCGGGAGCAGUUUACAUUGCCCAGUGUGGUACACAGGGAUAUCUACAGGGAUGAUCUCACACGGGAGGUACGAGGCAGAAGGCCAGAGCGGAAUUACCAGCACAGCAGGAGCCGGUCGCCGCAUUCGUCGCAGUCCAGGACCCAGUCUCCGCAGAGGCUGGCGAGCCAAGCAUCGAGGCCCACCAGGUCGCCGAGCGGCAGUGGCUCCAGGAGCAGAUCCUCAAGCAGUGAUUCCAUCAGCAGCAGCAGCAGCACCAGCAGCGACAGCAGUGACUCCAGCAGCAGUUCAAGUGACGAGUCUCCAGCCCGCUCGGUUCAGUCCACGGCUGUUCCAGCACCCACCUCCCAGUUGCUUACAUCUCUGGAGAAAGAUGAGCCCCGCAAAAGUUUUGGGAUUAAGGUUCAGAAUCUUCCAGUACGCUCCACAGACACCAGCCUUAAAGAUGGGUUGUUCCACGAGUUCAAGAAGUACGGAAAGGUGACAUCUGUGCAGAUCCAUGGGGCUUCUGAAGAACGAUACGGGCUGGUGUUCUUCCGGCAGCAGGAGGAUCAGGAGAAGGCGCUGAAUGCCUCCAAAGGGAAGCUCUUCUUUGGAAUGCAGAUUGAAGUGACUGCUUGGAUAGGGCCAGAAACAGAAAGUGAGAAUGAGUUUCGACCUUUAGAUGAACGAAUAGAUGAAUUUCAUCCCAAAGCAACAAGAACUCUCUUCAUUGGGAACCUGGAAAAAACCACCACAUAUCAUGACCUUCGCAAUAUCUUUCAGCGUUUUGGGGGGAUCGUGGACAUCGACAUUAAGAAGGUGAACGGGGUCCCUCAAUACGCAUUCCUGCAGUACUGUGAUAUCGCAAGUGUGUGUAAAGCGAUCAAGAAGAUGGACGGGGAGUAUCUUGGAAAUAAUCGACUCAAGCUGGGCUUUGGGAAGAGUAUGCCUACCAACUGUGUGUGGUUGGACGGUCUUUCGACAAAUGUCACAGAUCAGUAUUUAACUCGACAUUUCUGCCGCUACGGUCCAGUGGUAAAGGUGGUGUUUGACCGCUUGAAGGGCAUGGCCCUUGUUCUUUACAAUGAAAUUGAAUAUGCACAGGCUGCUGUGAAAGAGACCAAGGGGAGGAAAAUCGGUGGGAAUAAGAUCAAGGUGGAUUUUGCAAACCGUGAGAGCCAGCUGGCAUUCUAUCACUCUAUGGACAAAACGGGCCAGGAUAUUAGAGACUUCUACGAGAUGCUUGCAGAAAGAAGAGAUGAAAGGCGAGGUUCUUAUGACUAUGCUGCUGAUCGUACGUACUAUGAGGCAGUUCGAACCCCAGGGACGUACCCUGAAGAUCCUCGGAGAGAGUAUCCAGCCCGCGGCAGGGAGUUUUAUGCAGAUUGGGAUCCUUACCAAGGAGACUAUUACGAUCCGCGAUAUUACGAUGAUCCCCGGGAAUACAGAGACUACAGGGGAGACCCUUACGAGCAAGACAUAAGGGAGUACAGCUACAGGCAACGGGAGCGGGAGCGCUUUGAGUCCGACCGGGACCGCGAUCAUGAAAGGAGGCCCAUUGAGAGGAGCCAGAGUCCAGCUCAUUCGCGGCGACCACCAAGUCCUGGGGCAUCCCCAUCGCAGUCGGAGAGGCUGCAGAGUGAUUCUGAGCGGAGGAUCUACAGCCGGUCUUCUGAGCGGAGCGGCAGCUGCAGCUCGAUUUCUCCGCCACGUUACGACAAGGUGGACAAAGCCCGCCUCGAGCGAUAUGCAAAAAAUGAGAAACCCGAGAAAGAGCGUGCUUUUGAGCAGGAGAGGCCCGACAAAGAGAAGCGCCUGCUGAGAAAAGAGAAGCCUGAAAAACUUGAAAAGGAUAAGGUGGAGAAGCAGAAGCGCAAGGCAAAGAUCCAUUCUCCCAGCUCACAGUCUUCUGAAACAGACCAAGAAAACGAAAGAGACCCCAGUCCUGAGAAAGCGAAAGGCAGUGCGAAGCCCAGUCGGGAGAGAGCGGACAAGGACGGGCCCGCUAAGAACCGCCUUGAGCUCAUGCCGUGCGUGGUGUUGACACGAGUGAAGGAAAAGGAAGGGAAGGUGAUUGACCCCCCUGCCAUGGAGAAAUCAAGGGGAAAACAGGAUCCGGACACCAUCCUUAAGUCUCCUUUGCUUGAACAAAAAAUGCAGACCUCUCAGAUGGAUCAGGCCAAACCUGAUCAGCUAAAGCUUGAACCCAUCAGAACUAAAGUGUCAAAAGAGAAGGUACUUGCCAGUCAUAUUGAAGUAGUCGAUAAGGAUGGAAAACCAAAACCCAAGAAGCACCUGAAGGCAGAGCAGUCUGGUGACGUGGCAAAUCCGGUAGAUCUAGAAAAACUAGAGGCCCGCAAAAGACGCUUUGCCGAUGCAAACCUAAAGCCAGACAAGCAAAAACUGGAAAUAAAACGGAGCAGUCAAGAGGACGAGGAAGCACGUGUAGUCCUGAAAAAGCAGAGCGAUGCGAUGGGGGACUCUGAAAGAAAGCCAGUGAGGAAGGAGGCGCUUAAAAGGGACUCUAAGAAAAUUAAGGCGGAGAGACUUAGUUCUGCUGCCAGCCCCAAAGAGGCACAAGAACCUUCCAGCAUCUCUGCCAGCACUGGCUUGCGGCCCAGCCUGGAGCUGCAGGCUAGGCUGGGGGAACCAGCGGAUGAGUCAGUGGAGGUCCCCGAGAUCCCCUCCAGGAAGGUCAGUUCCAUGAAGCAGCAGCACAAGCCCACACUGCUGUUGGAGGAUCCAGGAGCAGAGAGGGAGGACAUGUGGAAGCCCGACUGCAGCCUUCCCAAGGAGACAUCCGACCACAAAGGUGCUCCAGAUAAGCCCUUGUCAUCGGAUAUCGAGGAGAAAAUACCCAUUGACAUUGACCACACACAAAGUUACCGCAAGCAGAUGGAGCUCAGUCGCAGAUUGAAGCAGCAAAUGGAAAUGGAGAUUGCAAAGCACGAGAAGUUUGGCAGCCCAAAAAAAGACCUGGAUGAAUAUGAGAGGCGUAGUCUGGUGCAUGAGGUGGGGAAGCCUCCACAAGAUGUGACGGAUGACUCCCCUCCGAGUAAGCGGAAGAAGUCCUCUGACGCUUUUGACUUUGAAAUUAGCACCAAGAGAGAGAGAAAUUACCGGAGCUCUCGCCAAGUGAGCGAGGAUUCCGAGCGCGCGGCCUGCUCCCCCGGCCUCAGGCCCUUCCCUUUCCACGAGGAGUACGAACUGCUGGAUUCUCCAAGGCUGAUGCCUCUGAAGGAGACCAAAGAAUCCCCGAAAACAGAUGAAAAGGGCCCACCCUAUUCCAACAUGACCGUAAGGGAAGAUGCUUUGAAAUUCAACCCCUAUGACUCCAGUCGGAGAGAGCAGAUUGUGGAAAUGGCUAAGAUAAAGCUGCCUGCCCUGAGUUCCGAGGAGGAAUCAAGCCGGUGGGAAUCCCAGGCAAAGCACGAGCCAGGCCGGGCAGAUAUUAGCUUUCCAAGCAGCGUUGUCAAGAGAGACAGCAUCCGGAAGCGGUCAGUGCGCGAUCUGGAGCCCGGGGAGGUGCCCUCAGACUCAGAUGACGAUGGUGACAGUAAGCCCCAUUCUCCAAAAACAUCUUCCUUUCUGGAGAGCCCCAGGUUGUCUUUUUUAUUAAGGGACAGAGAAGAGAAACUACGUGAGAGAGAAGAAAGGCUGCCAACCUCCUUAGAAAGGAACAAAUUUUAUUCCUUUGCACUGGACAAGACAAUCACCCCUGACACAAAGGCCUUGCUUGAGAGAGCCAAGUCUCUCUCCUCGUCCAGAGAAGAGAACUGGUCCUUCCUUGACUGGGACUCACGAUUUGCCAGCUUUAGAAACAACAAAGACAAAGAAAAGGUGGACUCUGCUCCGAGGCCUAUUCCAUCGUGGUAUAUGAAAAAGAAGAAGAUCCGGACAGAUUCGGAGGGAAAACUGGACGACAAGAAGGAGGACCACAAGGAGGAGGAGCAGGAGAGGCAGGAGCUCUUUGCCUCGCGCUUUUUACACAGCUCGAUCUUCGAGCAGGACUCGAAACGCUUGCAGCACUUAGAAAGGAAAGACGAGGACCUCGAUUUCCUUUCCGGCCGGCUGUAUGGCAGGCAGACGUCUCUGGAUGGAACCAACAGCAUAGCAGACUUCGUGUCGGAGCCCGUGGUUCUCUUCCACAGCAGAUUCGUUGAGCUCACGCGAAUGCAGCAGAAAGAGAAGGAAAAGGACCAGAAGCCCAAAGAAGCCGAAAAGCAGGAAGACAAGGAGAAUCGGCCCAGGACACCAGAGACGGUGCCUGACAGUAAGGAUCCCGAGCACAAAGCGUUGCUGGUAGUCGGCUCAUCGGCAGCUGCUGUGGCCACACAAGAGCCAGUGCCCGCCAUCCCGGAGAAGUUCGUGAAUGAGAAGCUGCCGGCCGAUGUGGCCUCUUCCUCAAGAGAGGAAAAGCCUCCGGAAUCUGUCCCUGUAGCUGAGGAGCCGAAGCCUCUUCCAGAAUUCCCUGCUCCCAUGAAAACCGAACCACCCGAGCGUCCCGAAACAGCCCCAACAGUGGAUGGCAGCAGGGACCUUUCUCUCUCCACUGUAAGCCCCGAGGAAGGCGCCGUAUCCCUGGAGCACCCUUUGUAUUUGGAUACAAAGCCACCAACACCUGGCUCUUCGUUUUCCCAAGCUGAUAGCACAGAUCCAGAACCCGAAAUAGUCCCGCCACUUCCCAAAUUGGUCACGAAGACUGAGGAGCUGCCCGAGCUUAAAGAAGAAAACGUUUCGCUGGCCAUCAACUUGGAGCCUAGUACAGGUCAGAAAGCAGAAGCUGCUGUUGAGCUCCUUCCCUCUGUUUCCGAUACAGAGAUGGAAGCCGAACCCCCUGUUGUUAUAAAAGACAGGAAAUCAUACAAGAGCAAGCGUGCCAAGACUCCAGUUCAGCCCUCUGUUGCAAAUGUUGCGGAGAAACCCGCCACGAGGAAGAGUGAAAGGAUUGACCGUGAAAAACUUAGGCGGUCGGGCUCUCCUCGCGGGGAAGCCCUGAAACUUCUAGAGCUGAAGGUGGAAACAGAGAAGGGUUCACGAAACGCUGCUAAAUCCCCAAGUGCCGCAGUAGAGCCAGAAAACCCAGAGCCAAGCUUGCUGGUAGGACGAACGAGGCGCAGAAAUGUCAGGUCCGUUUAUGCCACCACAGGCGACCAUGACGGCCCGGCGCCCAUUAAAGACUCGGUUGAGGUGACCAGGUGCACCCGGAAAAGGGUUGAACGAGACCCUCCAGACAUCACAGCCCUUCCUACUCCUCCAAGAAGAGGUAGACCUCCCAAGACACGUCGCAAAGCUGAGGAGGAAGCCUCUCCCGUGAAGGCCGAGCCAGCGCAGCAGGAAGCAGAAGACACGGAAGCAAAAGAGGGCAUGGACAUCCCUAAACCUGUGGAGGGAUGGCGAUCGCCCAGGUCGCAGAAGCUGAUGCCCAGCCACGCUCCAGCUGCCGGCUGCCAGCAAGCCAAGAAGGGGAAGAACGAGUCCAAGCCAGAGAUACCGGCGGAGCCUGAGGAGCCACCAGAGCCGGCUGGCCCAGGGAUGACCGCUGGCGAAGGCAGCAGCAAGCCCAAGGCAGACAGGGAGAUGCUGCCCGGUGAGCCGAAGCGAGACAGGAAAGAUGCCACUGAGGCGGACAAAGGCAUGCCUGAGCCCUGCCCAGUCGAGAUUAUAGAAAGAAAGCCUGUGCCGGAGAAAGCGGCCAAGUCCAAAAGGGGAAGAUCCAGGAGCGUCAAGGCUGCAGACAAAGCAUCGCUGAUGAAGAGCCUGAAAAGCGUUGAAAUCCGCCUCAGCGUGGAUGAAGUCAAAGGAGCGCUCCGGCCCAGCGAGGAGGAGCUGGACCCUGGGCCGACUUCGUUGUCGCCCACGGGCAAGAGCCCCCCACAAGAAGACAAGCUGCCCCCGCACUUCAUGAAGACUGAGGCUGAAGACCCCUUCCGGGACAUGGAGAACGAGCUGUCAUGCGAUGCCAGCCAGUCGCCCGAAGCGGACCAGCUGGCCAAGCAGAUCGAGCUGGAGCAGGCCGUGCAGAAUAUUGCGAAGCUGACCGAGGGCCCCACCAUCGCGGCCUUCAAGGAGCAGGCGGCGGAGGCAGCGGAGGUUCGCCAGGAGGAGGACGGAGACAAGCCUGCCCACCAGGCCAGCGAGACGGAGCUGGCCGCCGCCAUUGGAUCCAUCAUAAAUGACAUUUCUGGAGAGGCGGAAAGUUUUCCGGCUGCCCCCACGUAUCCCGCCGAAGCAGACUCUGGCCUGCCCCCUGAGCCGCUGGUGCUGCCAUCCACACGAGAGGAAAUGGAGCCCGAGACCGACCAGGCCGUCAGCAACAUCCUGGAAUCAGACGUGGCCUCGGCUGAGUCCUCGGGACCACCCGUUCCUGGGUCUGCCCCAGAGGCAGAAAGCAAGGAGACAGAUGUGAGCUUCAGUGAAUCUUCCAAUUCAGCACAGGAGGCAGAAACUGCGCAGGAGGCAGAGGUGUCUCGGAAAGAACGGGGCCGGCAGAAGCUCUCCCGGCUCAGGCGUAAGCGGAGCGUGAGCAAGAAAGGGGAUGUUGCAGAACAAAAGGCUGCCGAAACCGAGAGAAUACAGAGCAAAUCUCUCGUCUCCAGUGAGAUGAAAGGAAAGCCUGAAGGAGCUUCAAAAGCAGACAGCGAGGAGACGUUCCCUUCUCCUGCAGCCUCCCAGUCAGGCGUGCCCGAUGCAAGCAGGACGUCGGCCCUGGGCGCGACUUCUCGUGAGACGAUUGCGGAGAGCAGCCCUGUGCCCAAAGCUCCCGACGUGCCAGACCCGCCCUCUCCGUCCCUUCCUGCCGACGACAUGGGCCCAGGCGGGGGCUUCAAGCCCCGUCCAGGGACAGAGGGUGCUCCCAGAACGCCCCCAAGUGCCCCCAGCACCCCUCUGCCAGCCCUCCUGCCCGCCUCGCUGCCGGUGAAGCUCCCCCCCACUGUCGUCGUCCCGCUGCACUCCAGCACGACAAAGGUGGCCGAGUGGAUGGCGAAGCACGAGGAGGCCCGGGCCCGCUCCACGCCUCCGCCGGCUCUUCCUCCUGACACGAAAGCCUCGGACAUUGACAGCAAUUCCAGCACCUUGCGCAAGAUACUGAUGGAGCCCAAGUAUGUGUCUGCCACCAGCGUGACCUCGACACACGUCACCACAGCGAUCGCGGAGCCCGUGAGCGCCGCCCGGGUGGAAGAGGCCCCUCCUCAUCCUCCCGCCGAGGCGGUGCAGCCAGGGGCUGAGGAGAAGCCCGCAGUCCCCGCCACGAACGCCCUGGAGCUGCCGGUUGCAGAGGCCCCUGUGUUCACCGAGAAGGAGAAGGUGGUCACCGUCAUCGCCCCCAAGGCCACCUCCGUGAUCAGCCGGAUGCCGCACAGCGUCGAGCUGGACGACGCCCCGCGGAUCACGUUGCUCAAGCAGGUGCCGCAGCCCCGGACGUGCCUGGCCAGCGCCCACUCGCCCAAGUACCAGCAGCAGCGGCCCAGCACCAACGACAGCAGCCGCUUCCACCCCGGCUCCAUGUCGGUGAUCGAGGAUCGGCCGGUGGAAGCGGGCUCCAGCCCGGGCCUGCGCGUGAACACCUCGGAGGGCGUCGUCCUCCUGAGCUAUUCGGGGCAGAAGACGGAAGGCUCUCAGCGGAUCAGUGCCAAGAUCAGCCAGAUCCCCCCAGCCAGCGCCGUCGACAUCGAGUUCCAACAGUCUGUGUCCAAGUCCCAAAUCAAGCCGGAGCCCCUCGGCCCCUCCCAGCCAGUCCCCAAGGGCGCUCAGGUGCCGGUGGGGUAUGGGGGCGUGUCUGCCCCCUCGCUGGUGCUGGGGGCGCAGCAGUACAGCCCCUCGCCCGGGCUCUCCUCCCUGAAGCAAGAGCGCAGCAGUCUGGAGAAGUCGGAGCCGGUGCACCUCCCGGUCCAGGCGCCCACUUCUCAGUCUGGGCCGGUCAAAGUGCUCUCCCAGGCCGCCAACACUCCAUCCAUCCUCGUGCACAACCAGCUGGUGCUGCCUCAGGCCAUUGCCUCCUCCGCCAACAAAAAGCUCCCGGAGUCUGCAGCCCUGAAAGGGGAGGGGAAGCCCCUGCAGCCAUCCAGCCUGAGCCCCGGCGUGGGCCCGCCUCACCCUUCGCUGUCCGGCAAGGUGCACCUGGAGGCCAACCACGUGAGUGCGGGGCCUGUGGCCCCCGCAGACCGGGCCGUGUCCCACCUGGGGGUCACGAAGCAGGAGCCCCUCUCUCCACGGACAAGCGGACACUCCCCGUCUCCCUUCCCGAGGGCGUGCCACCCGGGUGGCCCCUCCUCUCCGGCGCUGGCGGGGAACAACGCCAUGCUCGGCAUCCAGGGCUCGCCCUGCCCGGGGAUCCCCGUGCCGCAGUACAUCUCCAGCGUGCACCCGGAGCAGUCGGUGAUCAUGCCCCCGCACAGCGUCACCCAGACCGUCUCGCUGGGGCACCUCUCCCAAGGGGAGGUCCGGAGGAACACCCCGCCACUGCCGGGCAUGCCGUACGCCAUCCGCCCGGAGGCGCUCCACUCCCCGAGGGCAGCGCUGCAGCCGCAGCGGUCGAGCACGCCUCAGCCGGCCCCCGUCCGGGAGAUGGUCUUGCCGGCCCUCUCCUCGGAGGAGGAGGUGCACUGGCACCACCCGGCGUGCCGCGGCUCGGCCCCGGUCCAGUCCGACGUGCUGGUCAUGCAGCCCGACUUCCGUGUGCACCCGGCGGGCCUCCGCCUGGACCAGUACAGCGUGCCCCGGGACGUCCGCGUGAUGAUGCACCCACACAUGGCGGCCGUGGGCGGGGAGCACCACCCCGAGAGCCGGCAGACCCGCACCCCGGAAGGGCGGUCCGUCAAGACGCCGCCCGCCACCAAGGCGCUCCCCGCGGGCAAGGAGCCGGCCAAGGCCCCCGAGGCCAAGAUGGCGCACUCGCCCCACAGCGAGCCCCGGCUCCUCAGCGGCCAGCUCCCGGGGCUGCCCCUGACGCCUCCCGUCGUGCACGGGGUGCAGAUCAUGCAUCCGGCCGGGGGCUCCUUCCACGACUACCGGGCCGUCUACAGCGACAUGCGGAGCUUCCACCCGGCCGCCCAGCUCAGUCACCCCCCGUUCGCCGGCGCCUCGCCCAUCGGGCUGCCUUCCCGGAGCAUGACCCCCUCUCAGGGUCUCCCAGAAGGGGAACAUUCGCACCCCAGCCAGCCGGCGCACAGCAAGACCCCCCAAAUCUCCCAGGAGCCCAAGGGGGCGCAGGCCGCAGGGCCGGACCCGACCCACCACCCGGCCGUUGGCCGGCACGUUCCGCAGAUCGACUCGCACUUGCACCUUCAGCGCAGCCAGGCAGACACGGGCCAGACCUCGUACCCGUCACCCGUCGCCGUCUCGACCAAGCAGGAGCUCCCGUCCCCGCACCAAGGCCAAGUGCCGAAGCAGGCCCUGUUCAUCCCGACCACCUCGGGCCCCAGCGCUCCCCCGGGCUUGUCCCUCUCGCGGCCCGAGCCGCAGUCGGUGCUCAAGCAGGACGCCGCCACACACCCCGUCUCCCAGCGGCCCGUGGACAUGGUCCAGCUCCUGACGAAGUACCCCAUCGUGUGGCAGGGGCUCCUGGCGCUGAAGAACGACACCGCGGCCGUCCAGCUGCACUUCGUCUCAGGCAACAAUGUCUUGGCCCACCGCUCCCUGCCGGCCCCCGAGGGGGGGCCCCCCCUGCGGAUCGCCCAGCGCAUGCGCCUGGAGAUGUCGCAGCUGGAGGGGGUGGCCCGCAGAAUGAUGGUGGAGAGUGACUACUGCCUCUUGCUGGCCUUGCCGUGCGGCCGAGACCAAGAGGACGUGGUGAGCCAGACCGAGUCCCUCAAGGCGGCGUUCAUCAGCUACCUGCAGGCGAAGCAAGCUGCCGGCAUCAUCAACGUGCCCAACCCUGGCUCCAAUCAGCCCGCUUACGUCCUGCAGAUCUUCCCGCCCUGCGAGUUCUCCGAGAGCCACCUCUCGCGCCUCGCCCCGGACCUCCUCGCCAGCAUCUCCAACAUCUCGCCUCACCUGAUGAUUGUCAUUGCGUCUGUCUGAGCGGCUGAGUGGACACGGACUCCUUUCUCCGAGGCCCUGCAGCGGAAACGGAGCGAGCGCGGACGCGGGUGCCGGGCCGCCCUUGCCCACCGAGCCUCUCGCCGGGGAGCAGCCCCGCUGCCCCGCUUGUUUACAUGUGGCUUCAGUGAAGACGGCCACCCGAGGCACUCGACUGGGCAGACUGGUUUUGGUGCCUCCUGUGGGCGGGGGGGGGUGGGAUUAAAGGAAGGCUAUUUUUUUAAUUUACAAAAUAACUUAAAAAAACAAAAAGAAGGAACCAGAACUGCCUUUGCACUAAAUUAGUGACUUUGGACCUUUGCACAGUUGAAGAUUUGUUGUGGUGUUCCGGAUGGACGUCUCGAUACACACACGUGAACUUGCGCUGUGAACUGUGACUCGCAGGCCCUGGGAACUGUGCUCCGGCCUGCAGGUCAAGGAGCAUCUCGCGCUGUCCCCAGUCGACUCUCCUGGAUCCCACCCAGCCCGUCUUGCUGCUUCCUCCAUGCUGCAGUUGCCUCUUCCUCCUCCAUCUGGGAUGUACAGUUUACACUGAAACAAAGCAAAACACGAAAGGGAGAGCUACUUUUCUUUCCUGGUGGGUUAUGCAGGACUCCGUGGGUGUGUGUAUAUAGAAAUAUAUAUAUAUAUCAUAUAUAUAUAUAUAUAUCAUAUAUAUAUAUAUAUAACUGACUUCAAAAAAAAUCUGAUUCCCACAACAUACUUUUUUUUUAAUCUGUGCCAAAAAAUGUGUUUUCAGAGAAAAUCUUAUUUUCAUACUCAGACUUUGUAUUUGUCACUCAUUUGUAAGUGCGCUUCAUUUAGACAUGAACACCCCUCCCCCCUCCUGCUCCCUCCUCCUCCUCCUCCUCCUCAACAUGUGGAAGUGUUAUACACUUGUGCAGGCCUUUUAUCUCCCCUCCCCUGCCUUGUCGUCCUGGUCCUCCUCCUAACACUUAAUUUAUGGAACUGUUUUCUCAGCGCAGUUUUGUUUGUGUGUCCAUUGGAUUACAGACUUUAUUAAAAAAUACAAAACA